AAACAGAGCAUAGAGCUCGCAGCGGAGAGGAGGGAACAUUGAAAAACCAUUUGAGGGCUAAAACCCUAAAACCAGAGCAGACCAGAAUCUCUCCCCCUCUCUCUGUCUCUCUCUGAAAUUAAUGUUCUCUCGUUUUGGGUGGAGCUUUUUCAUAUUUUCCUACUAAUUUUAUUUUCUUUUUAUUUUUUGGGGCUUAAUCUUCACUUUAAUUUUCUAUUUCCACUAAAGUUCUUUGCUCAGUCUUUCAUGGCUAUCCUUCUUCGAAAGGCUUCUUCUCUGAGACGUGCUCUACUUUCUCCCGAGGUCUUGAGGGGAGGAAUAUUGGGGUCGUCUUCUCAGAGUUGCAAUUUUUCUACUAAAGGUAGAAGGAAAUCCAAGUCGGAUGGAAGUGAUACCAGUGAAGACAACUUGUCCAAGAAGGAGGUGGCUCUACAACAAGCCCUAGAUCAAAUUACUAGCACAUAUGGAAAGGGGUCCAUCAUGUGGUUUGGCAGGUCAAUUGCCCCAAAAGAUGUUCCAGUGGUGUCCACAGGUUGCUUUGGUCUUGACAUAGCACUUGGAACUGGUGGGCUUCCAAAGGGGCGUGUUGUGGAGAUUUAUGGGCCUGAGGCUUCUGGGAAAACCACUCUUGCUCUACAUGUAAUUGCUGAAGCACAGAAGCAAGGAGGUUACUGUGUUUUUAUUGACGCUGAGCACGCACUUGACUCUUCACUAGCUCAGGCCAUUGGAGUAAAUACUGAAAACUUGCUUCUAUCACAACCUGAUUGUGGUGAACAAGCUCUCAGCCUGGUGGACAUGCUUAUAAGGAGUGGUUCUGUGGAUGUUGUGGUUGUUGACAGUGUAGCUGCCCUUGUGCCUAAAAGUGAGCUUGAUGGUGAGAUGGGCGACGCCCACAUGGCAAUGCAAGCUAGAUUGAUGAGCCAGGCGCUGCGCAAAUUGAGCCAUUCUUUAUCGCUGUCACAGACAAUCUUGAUCUUUAUAAAUCAAGUGAGGUCAAAGCUUAGUACAUUUGGAGGAUUUGGUGGGUCAACUGAAGUAACUUGUGGUGGUAAUGCUUUGAAGUUCUAUGCUUCAGUGCGCUUGAACAUAAGAAGGGUGGGGUUUAUAAAGAAGGGGGAAGAGACUACUGGAAGUCAAGUUCAAGUGAAAAUUGUAAAGAAUAAACUUGCCCCCCCAUUUAAAACAGUCCAAUUUGAACUUGAAUUUGGAAAGGGAAUAUGUCGAGAGUCAGAGCUCAUAGAAUUGGGGGUAAAACACAAAUACCUUGUAAGGGCUGGUUCGUUUUACAAUUACAAUGGUCAGAGUUUCCGCGGGAAGGAAGCCCUUAAACGCUUUCUGGCAGAAAAUGAUGUUGCACGGGAAGAACUUAUGAUGCAACUGAGGCAGAAGCUACUAGAUGUCGGCUCAAGUAAGUACGAGGGAGCAGAGUAUGGAGAGCCUGUAGAAGAAAUUGUUUCACCUGAUUCUACAGAUGAAGAAGCUGUUACUGCAGUAGAAGCAUAGUUUUCAAAUGCAUGAAAUUGAAAAUCAUUGGAGUUAUCCUGCUAGAUUCCAUGGUAUCCUUCAGUUUUCCCAGGGAUCCUGCAAUUUCAGCCUGCACAAAUUGAUGGAAGGAUAUGAAAGGCCCUUGGUUUCUAAUCACAAGCUACCAUUGCUUAUAUACACACAUGGCCUUGAAUUGGUGGCUUUGUAAGUUAAAUGUGUUAAGUUGAUCAUGUAAAUUUUAGGCUUUUGUGGCUUUAUGUACCAGCGGCAAAAUUUUUGUUUAGCUUUCCAUCUCCAUUUUGUAUGUGAACAGAGUAACCGAGUAAUCAAAAUCCACAUUUUUUUUUUGGUUUUA